ACAGUCUGUGGUGUGUGUUUGCGCAGGAAGAGAGCGCGCGUGAUUGUCUUGCUUGUAUGGAAGUGGGGCACUUAAGGAACUUUUUUCAGAAAUGCAAAUUGCGUACGCGAGUGGCGUGUGCUGAUCUUGUAUAAAUAGAUGAUGUAAGUGAAUGGUCGAGCCAAAGAAAGGCAACAAGUUAGCGGAGAUACCAGCGGUCUUUUAGGACCUACACGAGACAACAAAUAAGAUAAAGAUGCAGCAAGAAAAGCUUCCGCAGAUAAACCUUCAGAAAACGUCAUUUUCUGUUGCUGAUAUUCUGGAUCCCUGCAAAUUUAAAGGGAAACUUUCUAAUUUAACUUUGUGUUCAACUACAAAUAAAGACACGGGGAGGGUGAUCUCAGGAACAUCACCAAGUCAUGCAGAUGAAACUUCCCCUGCAGAAGACACAGGUGCGUCUUCGAAUGAGAGCUCUACGUCUCCACAUCCCAAGAGAUCAAAGGUCAAAAACAGACGAAUUCGGACAGCGUUCACGCUCGAGCAACUCCGGAUUCUAGAACACAGUUUCCAAAAGUGCCACUAUCUCUCUGUCUUCGAGCGCUACGCCAUUGCGAGAGCUCUCUGCCUCUCCGAGACCCAGAUCAAGAUAUGGUUCCAGAACCGACGCACUAAAUGGAAGAAAGAGCGCGAGGGAAAAGGGUCUGAAGAAGGGCUUCAGUAUGGACUCAGAUACCUCGCACCUCCUUCCUUCUAUUCAACAACCCUCAAUUUAAACACGCAGCAUCCCCAAACGGGAGCAUCAAUUCAGAUGUUUGAAAUGGCGUCACCAUACAACCAUUACGCAAACCUUUAUGCGUUUUAA